CUGCUGCGCGUCGCUGCAAACAGACAGCGACCCCAGACGAGAACCGUCGACAGGACGGAGGUCCGAGGCACACACAGCCGGGCUUUACCACCGUCGAGGUAGCGGGUGGCACUGAACUAGAUGGCUCCGGUUCCUGGAAUGUGCGGUUGACGCGCUGUGGACGACACAUCUGGAAGAAAUCCCCGAGCCGCCUCUCCCAGCAGCGCCGCCGCCGCCGCCGCCUCGACUCUCAACCGCCGCCGCCGAGAUGUCAGCUUUCUCCGAGGCGGCUCUGGAAAAGAAGCUGUCCGAGCUCAGCAACUCCCAGCAAAGUGUGCAGACGCUGUCGCUGUGGCUCAUCCACCACAGAAAACACUCCAAGAUCAUCGUUGGUGUUUGGUUCAAAGAACUGAAAAAAGCUCAGGGAUCACGCAAGCUGACCUUCCUGUAUUUGGCCAAUGACGUCAUUCAGAACAGCAAGAAAAAAGGACCAGAGUUCACCCAGGACUUUGCACCGGUCAUCGUUGAUGCAUUUAAACAUGUAAACAGAGAUGGCGAGGAGGGCUGUAAGAAACAGCUGGGCCGGGUUUUGUCGAUCUGGCAGGAGCGAGCCGUCUAUGAAAACAACCUGCUGGAUCAGCUCUCACACGUCCUCUAUGGAGAAAAAAAGACCAAGAAGAGAUCAUAUGAGGAGAUCCAUCCAGACGACGAGGGCUUUGCCUCUCAGAGCUCCCCAUCGGAUCCCCCACAGACGGCAGAGUUAAUUCGAGCUCUGCAGGAGCUGGAGAACGCAGCCUCCAGCGACUCGGUGCUGCGGCAGCGCAUCUCCUCCCUCCCUGCUGAGGUGCAGGACACGUCGCUGCUUCACAGGAUCACAGAUAAAGAAUCGGGGGAGCGGCUCUCCCGGCUGGUGGAGGAGGCCUGCAUGCUGCUAGCAGACUACAGCGGCCGCCUGGCGGCGGAGAUCGACGACAGGAGGCAGCUCAUGCGCACACUAACGGUCUUCCUGCAGAGCCAGAAGGACGGCUUGGCCCAGAACGAGCAGAAACUCGAAGAAUACAAGCGUAAACUGGGGAGGGUGACCCAGGUCCGGAAGGAACUGCGAUCACGCAUUGGCAAUCUUCCAGGGAGACUCUACAACUCUUCAAACUGAAGUUUGGCCUCUUCGCUACGGGCUCUCCUGCUUUAUUGACACAUCUCCAAUCUCUCCAGCUCAUGUUUCUCUGUCCCCAUACAAUGGUACAUGGUUCUUAUUCUCAUCCUGUUAUUUAUCCUCAUUUUUUAAAAAAUAUUUUUAUUUUGUCCACAUGCUCAUCUUUUGAUUUUCAAAGUAAAACACUGUAAAUUAAAAUCUCUAACCUCGAGACACACUCUCCCAUGCUUCUGUAAUCUAACACACAUCUUCAAAGGAGUGUGAACGGAGCUGGUGGGAUAUUUUUGUAUUUAUAGUGACUUCGGAUAAUGCACCAGAGUUUGAUCGUGCAUAAUAAUUUGCAGUAUUUUGCAUCGCUAUCAUAGCUUUUCUUGUUCUUAUUUUGGUGAAUCCAUUGGUUCAGGUGUUCAUGCUGAACGUGAUCAUAACCACUGAUAGUUUACUUUUGAAAAACCUGAACGCUAUUUCCGAAGCUUACCGGAAUACCAUGUUCUUUAAAACAUGCGUAGCUGUCACUCAAAGAAGGUCCACUUGUGUUACAGGUGUGUAAAAUCAUUAGCCGUGUGUACAUAUUACAGUUUGCAUGUAAAUAUGGUGGAGCAACAACUGCUCCUUCUCAUAAACGCAUAUGAUUUGUAUCCGUUUCAACAUGAAUGUGAUAGUGAUCGCUCAAAAAAAA